CCGCCGGGCGCCGAGGCGACGUCGCGCGGCCGCGUGCUCAAGAACGGCCUCAAGUACGUCGACGGCGUCGCCGGCGCCGGCGCGGCGCCCGAGUGGGGCCAGGUGCUCAAGAUCAAGUACACGGCCUACACGCGCGACGGUGCCGGCAAGCUCACGAAGGUCGACGCCGUGCCGACGUACCUCGUGCGCCACGGCAACGGGCGGACGAUCCGCGGCCUCGACGAGGGCAUCCACACGAUGCGCGUCGGCGGCACGCGCCGCGUCGAGGUGCCGCUGACCAUGGGCUACACGGCGCCGGGCCUCGGG